CACAUUUUCAUAGUGCACUUGUGUGGAAUGCUAAGAGCUACUAUGAUUGCAAUACAUUAGCAUUAAUAAAUCCUCUGACAGGGAUCUGCCCACAGCGUUCGUACAGUAAUAUGUACCCACAGGGCAAAGACGUCGAUAUUUCAACGUCUAGUUUUGAUUUACAUUUGGUUCAGUAGUCAACUAACGUAAAUUCAAUGAUAAAUAAACAACAACAAACAUCACUGUCAUUGGAUUUAAGUUAAAAGUUUGGUGGGAAAAAAAGAAGACAAAAUGCCCUUAGGGUGAUUAUUUUUUCCAAAUCUAUUCAGUUUUCCACGUUAAUUCAACAUAAACACAGAUUUGUUUUUAGAUUAAAUUUUAAAAAUAUAUAUUUUUUGCAAAUGUAUUAAAAAUUAAAAACAGAAAUACCUUGUUUACAUAAGUAUUCAGACCCUUUACUAUGAGACUCAAAAUUGAGCUCAGGUGCAUCCUGUUUCCAUUGAUCAUCCUUGAGGUGUUUUGACAACUUGAUUUGAGUCCACCUGUGGUAAAUUCAAUUGAUUGGGCAUGAUUUGGAAAGGCACACACCUGUCUAUAUAAGGUCCCAAAGUUGGCAGUGCAUGUCAGAGCAAAAACCAAGCCACGAGGUUGAAAUAAUUAUCUGUAGAGUUCUGAGACAGGAUUGUCUUGAGGCACAGAUCUGGGUAAGGGUACCAAAACAUUUCUGCAGCAUUGAAGUUCCCCAAUAACACAGUGGCCUCCAUCAUUUUAAAUAGAAAAAGUUUGGAACCACCAAGACUCUUGCUAGGGCUGGCCACCUGGCCAAACUGAGCAAUCAAGGGAUAAGGGCUUUGGUCAGGGAGGUGACCAAGAACCCAAUGGUUACUCUGACAGAGCUUCAGAGUUCCUCUGUGGAGAUGGGAGAACCUUCCAGAAGGACAACUAUUUCUGCAGCACUCUACCAGUCAGGCCUUAUGGUAGAGUGGCCAGACGGAAGCCACCUCUCAGUAAAAGGCACAUGACAGCCCGCUUGGAGUUUGCCAAAAGGUGCGUAAAGACUCUCAGACCAUGUUAAACAAGAUCGGCCUGAAUGCCAAGCGUCACGUCUGGAGGAAACCUGGCACAUCCCUACAAUGAAGCAUGGUGGUGGCAGCAUCAUGCUGUGUGCAUGUUUUUCAGUGCCAGGGAGACUAGUCAGGAUCGAGGCAAAGAUGAACGGAGCAAAGUACAGAGAUCCUUGAUGAAAACCUGCUCCAGAGAGCUCAGGACCUCACUCUGGGGGCGAAGGUUCACCUUCCAACAGGACAACAACCCUAAGCACACAGUCAAGACAACGCAGGAGUGGCUUUGGGACAAGUCUUUGAAUGUCCUUGAGUGGCCCAGCCAGAGCCUGGACUUGAACCCGAUCGAAUGUCUCUGGAGAGUCCUGAAAAAAGCAAUGCUCCCCAUCCAACCUGACAGAGCUUAAGAGGAUCUGCAGAGAAAAAUGGGAGAAACUCCCCAAAUACAGGUGUGCCAAGCUGGUAGCAUCAUACCCAAAAAGACUGAAUGCUGUAAUCGCUGCCAAAGGUGCUUCAACACAGUGCUCAUUAAAGGGUCUGAAUACUUAUGUAAAUGUUAUUUUGUUUAUUUUUUAUUAUUUUUUAUAAAUAAGCAAACAUUUCUUAAAUCCUGUUUUUGCUUUUGUCACUAUAGGGUGUGUGUAGAUUGAUGAGAAGGAAAAAAACUAUUUAAUCAAUUUUAGAAUAAGGCUGCAAAGUAACAAAAUGUGGAAAAAGUCAAGGGGUCUGAAUACUUUCUGUAAGUCCUUUGAGUCAUCCUUCCUCCUCACCACCCCUGCAGCACUGACAGUGUUUAUUCAUCAGCAAUAGUACCAGAGCUGCACACUCAUACUCACUUCCUGUGCUCUACUGAAGUAAAAACUGAACUCUCUGAUGACCCAGGUUCGUAUCAUCAUGCUUGAAAACAAAGACUUUAACCUUCAAGUGGAGGAGGAUAACCCCCCAGUGAGCCGACUAACUGCUGCCAGAGAUGAGUCCCACUGCUGAUAGGACCAGGGAGAAAAGCUCGGUACACUCUGUUGUGUGGCUGCUAGGCCCGUCUGGACCUCCACAGUGCCGAGCCAGGACAGCCAUGGCCAAGAGAGACUACCUGGUGGAGGCAGCCAAGCAGAUCCGAAUGGCUCUGGACAGGGAGGUCAGUGAAGACUAUGAAGCUGCCUUCAGCUACUACAAGAAUGGGGUUGACCUGCUGCUCAAUGGAGUUCAAGUGGACCCUAACAAGGAGCGCCGGGAGGCAGUGAAGAGGAAGACUACUCAGUAUCUGAAGAGGGCAGAGGAAAUCUUUAUCUCCCACCUGCAGGACAACCUGGGGAAGGGGAACGCUCACUUAGGGGGUUACAGUAGUCUGAGAUUCCGGCCAAUCAGACACCUGAGCUGCCCAGUGGAGGAUCUGGACAUGUGUAAAGUGGUGGGGAUCAUCGAUAAGGUCCUGAUUGUCCAAAGCCUGAUUACAAAGGAGAAAUGUGUUGUUAAAAGCCUGCCCAAGUCGAGCUGGGAGAGCCGGGACCAGCCCACUAUCAUCCCCCAGGGCGUCCCCUAUAUGGUGAAGCUGCUGAGGUACUAUGUCAGUGAGGAUGCUGUGUACCUGCAUCUGGAGCAUGUUCAAGGUGGGAAGCUUUUCUCCAAACUGUCCAAGGUGAGGAACGACCGAGCCAAGGAGCACCCAGAAUGCUACAUUCCCAGCCAGCACAGGAUCAAACUGAAGAACAGCUACACCUCCCCUACCAUCAGCUCAGACUACCAGCAGAAUGACAGAGGGGACACAGGGACAACCCCUCUCCUGGAGAGGGAGAACGAGGAGAGCCCAGACACAGACUCCCCUGCAUCUUGGCAUGAGGCUCAGCAUCGUCUGGAAGGCUGUAGGACCCACUCUUACUGCGAGGAGACAGGCUGCCUGCAGAACAACUCAAGGUCUACAGCGCUACAGCCCUCUUUAUUUGGGCCAAUGAGGACAGACAUCAGUCCCCAUAUCCAUCCAGCAGGCCACAGUCAGUGUUUGCUCUCCGAAACUCAGGACAAGCCUGCUCUUCCUAGUCAUCUGUGCAUCGAUCAGGUUCCUGAUGUCACCUCUGAGCCUUCUGGGAAGGCCACUGGAACAGAAAAAAUUGAAUCCAGUUUGGAUUUUGACGUGGUGUGGAAGGCUGCUGAUCUGACACAGAAUUGUGAGAGUGACUCCGAUAUAGCUGCAGGUAAACCUGUACCUCAAACAACUCAGACCUCUUCUGGUGGGACAGGGUCAACAGUGAACCUGAAGAAUCAUUCUAUCAGUUUGUAUUCACAGAAAAGUUAUGUUCCCCUCCAUAAUCAAAGCCAGGCUAGUGAGAUGGCAACUUUGACCUCCUAUGGCUCUCACCAAGGCAGUGUUUCAGGUGGAGACCUUGAGAACACUGUGGGUGUAGAGAUAUCCACACACCAGGAGAGAGGGCAGGAAGAACAGGUAAACCGUCACACUACUGAAAAGAGCAUUGUGAACUUAGUAAGCAGGGACACAGAGACUUCCCAGCCUGGCAGAGCUGUGUGCCCCUCUACAGUAGACGAGCUGAAGGUCAUGAGGACAUCCUCAGGGAUCUCUCACCCCCCUUCCCUGCCUCACUGUCUCAGUGCUGGGACACAGCAGGGGAACCAGGCAGGCAUCUUCCUGGCCCUCACAGGGGCAAAGUAUCAUGUGGAGCCUCCUUGCAGGGAGGAGGUGGAGGAGGGCUGGGAGCUGAGCCCUUUGAGUAAGGACAUCCCCCAAGGGAAAGGAUCACUGUGUGACCCCACCACCACUGGCCCCACAGGGGCCUCCCCACAGUGUCGGAAGGAGGACAUGAAUGCUUUCCUGAAGUCAAAUGGAUCAGAUGGACAGGGUCAGGAUCAGAUCAUUGAGGUAGAGGGCUGGUGCCACCAGCCCAAGUUCCCAGCCAAGGCCUCCAGAGGGAGAGAUGGGGUCAGGCAGGGCUGUUGGGGGCUGCCUGAGGCAGAGGUGCGUCUGUUGGGAGCUCAGAUCCUCCUGGCCCUGGAGAGUCUUCACCAGCAAGGUGUCAUGUGCCGUGACCUCAACCCAAAGAACAUCCUGCUUACCAGCAUCGGAAAGGUCUGCCUGACAUUCUUUGGCCAGUGGAGUGAAGUUCAGUCAGAAACCAACUCUGAAGCUAUGGACCGGAUGUACUGUGCCCCAGAGAUUGGAGGUGUGUCCAAAAUAACAGAGGCUUGUGAUUGGUGGAGUCUGGGGGCAUUGCUAUUUGAACUUCUUACAGGAAUGCCCCUGUGGCAGUUCCACCCAGCCGGGGUACAUUCUCACACCCAGCUUCUGAUCCCAGACCAGCUGAGUACUGCAGCUGCCUCCCUGCUCACUGAGCUUCUGCAGUUUGACGCUGGUUAUCGUUUGGGCUCUGGAGGCGGUGGAGUGAGUGACAUCAAGUGUCACCCCUUCUUCAAUGGUGUCUCCUGGAAGGCACUGAGCAGUUAGAAGGUCAACAGACUGUCUGUAGCCUGAACAGUUAUCUGCAGCCAAGUGAAGUUGGGCAGCCACUGCCCCCUUGUGGCUAAAAUAAUUGAAACCCCAGCUCUGGAGCUACUUCCUGAGCAUCUUGUUAUUCCCAAAGAAUGAUAGAUUAGAAGGGUAAUUCAGAGCACACAGCCAACAUGUCAGCCCUGCAACAACCAAACUCUGCCUGCAGUGUUGUCUUUGUAACCUCCAUGUUUGAAUAAUAGAGGCUAGUGUAAACAUAGUAGGGCAAAAUGUACUCCUGGGUGACUUUUGGGGUAUUUCUGUUGUACAAAUGAUAUGCAAUGCUACUGUUAACAUCCAUGCAUAGCAUCACCAAGUAUGGAAACGGAUGUUUUUCAUUGUCAAACACUUACUACACAAAUACUUUUUGGUCAGCCAAUGGCUGUGAUAAACAACGUUGACAAUAACGUUAGUAAAAUGAAGCAAUGCA